GCACCUAGGGCGCCGGUCGCAGCCGAAGCAGAAGGGUGCAGGAGUACCCAUACACAUCCAGACACGACCACACACCGGCUGACCGACGUGGCAAAGGGGUUCGAUGAAUCAAAUUCUAAUCAACAGCCGUUCAACCCCAUUCGACACCCACAUGCAGCAGCAGCAGCAGCGGCGGCGGAGUCCUCACGUCUAGUGCACUACCGUCCGUCGAUCGAGCGUCUCGUGUGCAGAAAUUUUGGUCCCAAAAGUUAGUUCACCAACCGAAAGAAAAAAAAAUAACUCGCGCUCCAAAGCACCAACCGGUGCGUGAUGCGCAAGUUAAGGACCGCACGACCAUCGACCACGACGACCGGGGUGACCACGUUUUAUCAGCGCGAGUGCGAGUGCGAGUGACGCGGCCGCAAAGACUGGUGAUCACAACAUUGGACUGACCAACCGUAGUGCGGGUGCGAGUGCGCGGAGUGCAAUUUACAUAAACCAGCCGAGCCCAGCCCAGUGCCGGGUGCCUUUUGAUUUGCUUUCCCCCCUUUCUCCGCUCCUCGCUCCCUGACAUACGCGUGCCACGUGCGAAGCAAAAACACAACACAUUCUCGGAGCAUUCUCACCACUCUCCUGGUGACCAUUAUCUCCACUCCGUCCUUCCCCCUGGGCAGCAUUAUGAGGCGCGAGAUAAAGAGCAUUUACAACAGACUCGCGUCCGUGGCGAUCAGUGUCAUUGCGGCACUGGGCGCAUCCAGACCGGCUCGUGCAUUCCGGGGCAGCUUCAAGCGCUUCAAGAGCCCGGCCAGGAGACCGACUGUGAUCGACGACGACGGCGACGUCGACGGUGCGAUGGUAAAGACGGGACCGGGUGGUGGACCGGCAGCGGCCGGUCCACGGCGCGUUGCACUCGAACGCAAACCGACAAUCAGCGGCAGUGAUCCGCUGGCCAAGGAGUUGCGACGCGUACGGGAACAGAAUGCACGGCAGCAGCAUCAGCACGAUUAUUCGCACGUUUUCAGGAAAAAAUCUCGACUCGACUUUGUGCGGCUGUCGUUCGUUAUCAUGGGCAUCGAGAUUGUGUACUCAGCGGAGACGGCCUUCGUGACACCGAUACUGCUCAGUAUUGGUAUAGAGCACCAUCUGAUGACCGGAGUCUGGGGUAUCUCACCGCUGAUCGGUCUGCUGGUGUCACCGGUGCUCGGUUCGUUCAGUGAUCGGUGCCGGUCACGUUAUGGGCGCCGGCGGCCACUCCUACUGGCCCUCGGGACUGGGCUUGUCCUCGGCUGUCUGCUGCUGCCAUUCGGUGAAACAAUUGGCCAGUGGCUCGGCGAUGUAGGAGAACCGCUGGUACCAGUCACCAACGACACGAUCACCAUCGACUCAGCACUCAACCAAGCACCGGUCGCCGGUAGCGACCAUUUCCGGUGGGCCAUACUGCUGACCAUUCUGGGAACGAUCAUGCUCGACUUUUGUGCCGACUCCUCGCAGGCUCCUUCGAUGGCAUACCUGCUCGAUGUCAGUUUACCUGAGGAUCACGGGCAGGCGUGCAGUACGUAUUCGCUGCUAUCGGGAGUCGGCGGUUCCAUCGGUUACCUAAUUGGUGCCAUCGAUUGGGAUGAGACGGCACUGGGUGAUCUGCUCGGUGGAAACAUCAACACCGUCUUCAUCCUCGUGACGGUGAUCUUCAUCCUCUGUCUGAUCGUAACCGUGAGCAGCUUUCGAGAGAUUCCACUUCCACUGAUGGAACGCGAUGAGCUGCUGCAACCCUUGACGGAGCGUGUGAUCACGGAGGAACGCCAAAGCAACACCACCCUGCAACUAACCCCCGUAAAAGAUCUCGCAGAUGCGCUCGUCCUACAGCUAGAAACGGAGUAUGACCACGCACCCGGUGCGCACGAGGGAAAGAAUGGCUACGCGCUGGAAAAGCAACCACUACUGGAGCGAAACGUGGAGCGCAAGGCGAGUGGACCGAGCCGAAAGGGGGGGUUUCUGCAGCGCCCCCACAUCCCGGCAGCGCUCGGUAUACUGUGCAUCACGAAUCUGUUCUGCUGGAUGAGCCACAUCAGCUACUCGCUGUACUUUACGGACUUUGUCGGCGAGAAGGUGUUUGGUGGUGAUCCGAUGGCCCAUUCGGACUCGGAUGCGUACGCCCUGUACAUCGAGGGUGUCCGGUAUGGGUGCUUUGGGAUGGCGAUUUACUCGAUCGCUUGCUCGACUUACUCGUACACGAUCGAGCGACUCAUUCGGGUUGUGCGAGCACGCAAGAUCUACACCGGGGGGCUGCUGAUCGACAGUGUCGGUAUGCUGUGUAUGGCCACCUUCCCCAAUAAGAUCACGGUGUAUGUGUUCAGUGUGACGGGAGGGAUCGUUGGGGCACUGCUCUUCACCAUGCCGUACAUCAUCUUGGCCAAAUAUCACGCCAAAGGGCUGCUGGAAGCAAGCAGCGACACGAAUGCCACUCAGCCACGGCGCGGACUAGCGUCGGACAUCUCAAUCAUCGGCAGUAUGCUGUUCGUGGCACAGAUCAUACUGUCCGUGACGACGGGACCGCUGGUGGCGUGGACCGGUACGACCGCCUCCGUCAUCUAUACGGCCAGUGUCUGCAGUCUGCUGGCGGCCGGUUGUGCCACCCGGAUCCAGUAUCUGGAUCUCUAGCGGUGCACUUGGUAUCGCGCACCAAUCUCGCUGCGCGGCUCAAUGUGAUACUAUUCAGCAUUGCCGUAUUGUGGUGUUGCGUUGCUGGUGUUGCUAUGACACAUAACACAUUAAUCUCCGCUGUACAAAUCCGGGAUCUGUUUACGAAAUGUGUGAAAAAGUGUGUGCUUUAAGCUUCGCUCCUGUCACCGAUGGUGCGGAGUGGUUUUAGGGCAGUUAUUGUUGGUUUUAUUUUUUCGGGGUGGUAGAGGAAGCUAAUGUUAUUAAAUAACUUAAAUAGUGAAUUAUUUUUUAAAACUAUUAUUAAUAAACAAGGUAAAAACAAGGCA